CAUAUCAACGCAUAGUGAAGAUCGGCGUUCUCUCGGCCCCGCCCGCGGGAAACAGUCGCGCAGUGAUGACGUUGAGGGGGUCUGGCUAGGCGUCGCGGACUCCGGAGAUGGAGGAAAAGGAGCAGCUGCGGCGGCAGAUACGCCUCCUGCAGGGUCUAAUUGACGACUAUAAAACCCUCCACGGCAAUGGCCCUGCCCAUGGCUCCUCAUCAGCUACUCGGUGGCAGCCACCUGUGUUCCAGGGUGGCAGGACCUUUGGCUCCCGCUACUCCCGUCCAAAUCGGAGGGGCUUCUCUUCACACCAUGGCCCUUCAUGGCGCAAGAAAUACUCCCUUGUGAAUCAGCCUCUGGAAUCUUCUGACCCAGCCAGUGAUCAUGCUUUGCAGGCAUCCCUCCGUGAGGAUAGCCAGCAUCCUGAACCCCAGCCGUACGUCCUGGAGAGACAGGUCCAGCUCAGUCCAGAUCAGAAUAUGGUCAUUAAGAUCAAGCCACCAUCAAAGACAGGGUCUAUCAAUGUUUCAGGGGUCCAGCGGGGUUCCUUGGAAGACUGUGAUGACCCCUCUUGGAGUGACCAAAGACCCCAAGGAAGCGAGGUUGAGGUCCCUGGUGGACAGCUGCAGCCUCCAAGGCCAGGAAGAACCAAGAUGGGUUACAGUGUGGACGACCCCCUCUUGGUCUGCCAGAAGGAGCCUGGCAAGCCUCGGGUAGUGAAGUCUGUGGGCAGAAUUAAUGACAGCUCUCCUGAGCACCGACGGACAGUCAGUGAAAGUGAAAUUGCCAUCAAGGCACACUUCCCAUCCUCUGUCCUACCCCAACGCACUGGUGUGGCUCUGGGCCGGAAGGUCGGCCUUCAUUCUACCAGCUAUUCUGAACAGUUUAUUGGAGACCAAAAAGCAAAUAUUGGCCAUGCAGACCGACUAGCUUCCUUGGGGUCAGUGGUGGCUCCAGUCAGACCAGCAACGGGAACCAGGCAGGUCAGGGAGGCCUCACUGCUAGUGUCUUGUCGAACCAGCAAGUUUCGGAAAAACAACUACAAAUGGGUAGCUGCCUCACAAAAGAGCCCCCGGGUCACUCGGAGAGCUCUCAGUCCCAGAACAACUCUGGAGAGUGUGAACAAGGCCGCUUUCGGUAUGGGUGUAAAGACCGAGAAGUCACAGCAUAAGGUUGACCCAGGGGCGAGGCCUGAGAAACUGGCCACACCAGCCAAGGCUGGAGCCUCUCCCAGCAAGUACAAGUGGAAGGCUUCCAGCCCCUCGGCCUCCUCUUCUUCCUCUUUCCGUUGGCAGUCUGAGGCUGGCAGCAAGGACCAUACUUCUCAGCUCUCCCCAGUUCUAUCUAGGCCCCCGUCAGGGGACAGACCAGCAGGGGUACCCAGCAACUCGAAGCCCCUCUUUGGAGAGUCACAGCUCUCAGCUUACAAAGUGAAGAGCCGAACCAAGAUUAUCCGGAGGCGGGGCAAUACCAGCCUUCCUGGGGACAAGAAGAUCAGCCCCUCAGCUGCCACCACCAACAAAAACCAUCUUACCCAGCGACGGAGACAGGCCCUCCGGGGGAAGAGUAGCCCCAUUCUAAGGAAGACUCCUCAGAAGGGUCUGAUGCAGGUCAACAGGCAUCGGCUGUGCUGUGUGCCAUCCAGCCGGACCCACCUCUCCAGCAAGGAAGCUUCCAAUGCGCACAUACGGAUUCCGCCCUCCAAUAAGGUGAUCAAGACCCGCUACCGCAUUGUCAAGAAGACCCCAAGCUCUUCCUUUGGUGCUCCGUCCUUCCCCUCAUCUAUACCCUCCUGGCGGGCCCGGCGCAUCUCGUUAUCAAGGUCUCUAGUGCUGAACCGCCUUCGUCCAACAAUCACUGGGGGAGGGAAAGCACCACCUGGUUCCCCUCGAUGGCGUAACAAAGGCUACCGAUGCAUUGGAGGGGUUCUGUACAAGGUGUCUGCCAACAAGCUCUCCAAGACCUCCAGCAGGCCCAGUGACAGCAACAGGGCCCUCCUCCGAACAGGACGCCUGGACCCUGCCACUACCAGCAGUCGUUCCUUGGCCAGCCGGGCCAUCCAGCGGAGUCUGGCUAUCAUCCGGCAGGCGAAGCAGAAGAAAGAGAAGAAAAGAGAGUACUGCAUGUAUUACAACCGUUUUGGCAGGUGUAACCGUGGCGAAUGCUGCCCCUACAUCCAUGACCCUGAGAAGGUGGCCGUGUGCACCAGAUUUGUCCGAGGCACGUGCAAGAAGACAGAUGGGUCCUGCCCUUUCUCUCAUCAUGUGUCCAAGGAAAAGAUGCCUGUGUGCUCCUACUUUCUGAAGGGGAUCUGCAGCAACAGCAACUGCCCCUACAGCCACGUGUAUGUGUCCCGCAAGGCCGAAGUCUGCGGUGACUUCCUCAAAGGCUAUUGCCCACUGGGUGCGAAGUGUAAGAAGAAGCACACACUGCUGUGUCCUGACUUUGCCCGCAGGGGUGUUUGUCCCCGUGGCACCCAGUGCCAGCUGCUUCAUCGUAACCAGAAGCGACAUGGCCGGCGGACAGCUGCACCUCCUAUCCCAGGGCCCAGUGAUGGAACCCCCAGAAGCAAGGCCUCAGCCGGCCAUGCACUCAGGAAGCCCACUACUACUCCGCGCCCUGCCAGACAGAUGUCCAGUGGUCUGGCUUCCAGAACGGAGGCCCCAGCCUCCCCUCCCCCCUCCCCAAGGGUAUUAGCCUCCACCUCUACCCUGUCUUCAAAGGCCACUGCUGCCUCCUCUCCUUCCUCUUCUCCCUCCACUGGUUCCUCCACCCCUUCCUUGGAUCAGGAAGAAGCUGUCUCUGGGACAGGCGGGGCAGGCUCAGGAACAGGCUCUGGCAGCCUCUGCAAGCUACCAUCCUUUAUCUCCCUGCAUUCCUCUCCAAGCCCAGGAGGCCAGACUGGGCCCCAGGCCCCCAGGAGCCCCCGCCCGAAGGACUCAGGUGAGCAGUCUGGCCCCUCCUGGGUCUUUUUAAAUGUACACUCAGAAUGGCAUCUCUGGGUAGGGCCUGGGAACUAGUGUACCGGGUGCCCAGGGCAGGCCACUGAGGAGCAAGCACAGCAGUGGCCGCCUUGAAGACCACCCCAGCGAGGGCUGAUUUAAUUAGAAAGCACCCAUUUCUGUUAAUUUGUUCUGGAAGAUCACCGCACACUCCUGGAGAGAACAGAUGUUCCUCUCCCCAAUGAGCGUUUGGGGCCUGGUAAAUGGCCCCACUCAGCCUUGUUUAGGAGAGAAAAGAGGAUUUUAUGGCUGCAAACGACCCUUUCUGUAAACAUUUUACAGCUCUCUGCGCGUUUGAGUGACGAUAAACCCCACGCAGCUCGGCGGGCUGCAAAUUUGCGACCAUACGGCUAUCAUUUUAUUGUCAUAUUUCACGGCCGUAAUGUUAAUGGAAGAUGCUUGCUGCAGGCUUCUCUAACAGCCCCACUGAGCACACUGAAGUGCCUGCUGGAGGGGCUGCCUCCUGGUUACAUCGUCCUUCUUGGGUGCAGAGUAGAUGAUGCCAGGCCCUUGCCCACCUGGAACCUAGGUGGACAACAGUUCCUUCCGUGUAGGUGGUACUGUCUGGGGAGCAGCUGGGGACUCUGAGGCAGCAUGUGUCUCUUAAAGAGCAGGAACCCAGAAGUUAAUCCCAGGAGGAAAGGAAUCACAGGGUGCGAGUACCCUGUGUGUAGGCUGGGCAGACUAGCACAGGGCUCCAGGAACUCCUGAGGCUUCUUCAGCCAGGAAGGGAGCUGGAGGGGCAAGUGCAGCUGCGCUGGGACAGCCUCUGGCAGGAAGCCUGGCUGUGCCUGUUGCUGCAGCCCAGGGGACAAAUGGGGGCUAACCUGGCCGAGGCUGUUGACUCUGCAGGCCUGGGCCCAGCUGCUGGGCCUCACUCCUGUCUUUGGCUGGCUGAACAGUGAAUGGAAUUAACAGCCCUGGAGAAAGGAACCCCGCCAUGAGAGAGGCCUUACAGGGACAUGUGGGCCAUGCCACAGAGCCACAUUGAAAUAGCUGUGACCAUCAGGACACUGGCACCUGGGAGAGUGACACAGAACAUUUAUGAAAAGAAAGCUCCCUCCAGGCAGGAGCCCUCAGUAUAUUGCACCCCAGGGACCUUCCUGCCUUCAGACCUGUCAGCUUCUACUGGUCUACUCAGCCCACCGUCUGGGGCCACCUGCUCUCAUACGCCUCAGUUUUCCCUGUGGAAAGCACACCUGCCCUGCCUGUGUCUGGCAGCCUGCUCCCAGGUGUGAGUGUGGCAUGUGCCUGCGUGUCUGCGCGCACCAGUAUUUAUAGCUCAGCCUGCAGAGUGUUGUGGCUCCUACCUGUGGGCCCGCCCACUGCACAAGGGCUGCCUGGCCCUCCUAAGCUGCCACUUAGCCCAACAAGACCUUGAAUUGGCAGAAUCCUGGUCCCUUUCCUCUCUCUCUGCUCCUCUCCUCAGAUCCUGGUUCAUUGCAGGAACUGAGGAGGUAGAUAAGACCUGGGGCUGGCUCCUUGCAGACCUUUGCUGGACAGGCCUGGGCUGGUAGUUUUCCGAGAGGCCUGAGCCUCAGCCAGAAACUUGAAGUGGGGAAGUUCCUGCUGGGUUAGAGUGGCUUGAUGCUUGACCUUUGCUCUCUAUAUAGGGAAGCCGCUACACAUCAAACCACGCCUGUGAGGCUCCCUGGGGACCAGCCCGCACCUACCUCAGACCCUCACCCCUGGAGAGAAUGGAGGCUCUACCCACCACUGCUCCUGAGGAGAAGCAGCCUGCCACUGAGCCCAGCUGGGGCUAAAAGCAGGGAUACAUAGCUCCUCCCAUUUGGCUCACAGCCGCUGGAGGCCUUUGUGUGCCCAGGCCUUGUUCUCCCUCAAGCCAAGGCCCUGUCCGUUCCCUGUUCCUCUCCUUCCCCUCUUCCCUUUUUCCCCUCCUCCCCUCCAAGGCACCCAGCCUCACUCUAGGACUUGUCCCUGGCUCCCCACCCAUAAGGAUGCCAUGUGAGUUCAUCCUAGCCUGUCUCCUGUGGUGGUGGCAGUGGCAGUAGUUGUAGGACUGGUGUCCCCAACCCUCCCUACCCAGGACUCCUGCCCAGGGAAGAGGCUACUGGCCAGGCCUCUCUGGUGGGCAUUUUAUGUUCAGCAAUAAAGGUUUUAUCCUGUG